CUGGCGGCGCAUGCGCAGUGGUGGCGGUGAGGGAAUCACAGGCCUGGCUGCUGCUGGAGGAGGAUCUGUCGGUGGGUUUGGGACUAAGCGCAGGAAGCGGCUUCGCACACUGCACGGAGCCCAGAGUGGUCAGGCGGCGUGGGGAGCCGGGAUUCGCCACUUGAUGUGUAGAUGGUGCAGCCAGUGACGCAAUGGCAAGUGACUGGUGCUGGUCAAUAAACCUGACUCCCCUUGGGAAUUCCUAAUGGCGCCCAAGUGUGGGGUAAUGGAACACCCUGGGUGAAAGAAAUGUCCCCAGAAAAGUGGAUGAGCCAGAAUCCUGUUGGUCAAUGGUACCAACACUACUGGGACCAGAUCCAUUUAGAAAAGUUGCUGAAACUGAAAGGAGUAGUGGAGCCAGUACUUUAAUUUUGCGUGGAGCUUUUGGAAAAUUAUUAUAAUGCUGUAAAUCAGAAUCUCAGUUAAGUUUGGUAGCUGUAGUGGGAGGGAAGUGGAAAAAUCCUGUGACAGCCACAAGAGUUUUAGAAAAUGCAGAGUUUGAUGCCCCUCUGUAGAAGAGGAUAUAUUUAAACCCACAUUCAUCUGAAGGAUCAGUGUUUAUCCUAAAUAUCACGGUUUAACGUCCCAAAAAGUAUAAGAGGCAGACGUACAAAUGUCUACCACAAGACUAAAGUGUGACAUGUUAUGUUCUUUACCAUAAGGACCCAUAAAAUGAGCUCCAUUACAGACAGAGAUGAUGGUAGUAUUUUUGAUGGUCUGGUGGAAGAAGAUGACAAGGAUAAAGCAAAAAGAGUGUCUAGAAACAAGUCUGAAAAGAAACGUAGAGAUCAGUUUAAUGUUCUCAUCAAAGAGCUUGGUUCCAUGCUUCCGGGUAAUGCUCGGAAGAUGGAUAAAUCCACUGUACUGCAGAAAAGCAUUGACUUUUUACGGAAGCACAAAGAAAUCACUGCACAGUCAGAUGCCAGUGAAAUUCGACAGGACUGGAAACCUACAUUCCUUAGUAAUGAAGAGUUCACACAGUUAAUGUUGGAGGCUCUUGAUGGUUUUUUUUUAGCAAUCAUGACAGAUGGAAGUAUAAUAUAUGUGUCUGAAAGUGUAACUCCCUUACUUGAACAUUUGCCAUCUGAUCUUGUGGAUCAGAGUAUAUUUAAUUUUAUCCCAGAGGGGGAACAUUCAGAAGUUUAUAAAAUACUGUCUACUCAUCUGCUGGAAAGUGAUUCAUUGACCCAAGAAUAUUUAAAAUCAAAAAAUCAACUAGAAUUCUGUUGCCAUAUGCUGCGAGGAACAAUAGACCCAAAAGAACCACCUACAUAUGAAUAUGUAAAGUUUAUUGGAAAUUUCAAGUCUUUGAAUAAUGUCCCCAACUCCGCGCACAACGGUUAUGAAGGAACUAUCCAGCGGCCCCAGCGGCCUUCAUAUGAAGACAGAGUUUGCUUUGUAGCUACAGUUAGGUUAGCUACACCUCAGUUUAUCAAGGAAAUGUGCACUGUUGAAGAACCCAAUGAAGAGUUCACAUCUAGACAUAGCUUAGAAUGGAAGUUCCUAUUCUUGGAUCACAGGGCACCUCCAAUAAUAGGCUAUUUACCAUUCGAAGUUCUGGGGACAUCGGGCUACGAUUACUAUCAUGUAGAUGACCUAGAAAAUCUGGCAAAAUGUCACGAACACUUAAUGCAAUACGGGAAAGGGAAGUCAUGUUAUUACAGGUUCCUGACAAAGGGGCAGCAAUGGAUUUGGCUACAAACACAUUACUAUAUUACUUAUCAUCAGUGGAAUUCCAGGCCAGAGUUUAUUGUCUGUACACACACUGUAGUAAGUUAUGCAGAAGUUCGAGCAGAAAGACGGCGAGAACUUGGUAUUGAAGAGUCUCUUCCAGAGAUAGCAGCAAAUAAAAAUCAGGACUCCGGAUCUGAUAAUCAUAUAAACACGGUCAGCCUCAAAGAAGCAUUGGAAAGAUUUGAUCACAGCGGUACACCUUCUGCUUCCUCUAGGAGUUCGAGGAAAUCUUCUCAUACUGCAGUGUCAGAUCCUUCAUCAACGCCAACAAAGAUGACAAUGGACACUAGCACUCCUCCAAGACAAAACUUACCUGGGCAUGAAAAGACUGUACCAAGGAGGUCAUCACUUAGUAGUCAGUCCUUAAAUGCCCAGUCUGUUGGACAACCAUUAGCACAGCCAAUGAUGUCUCAACCUGCAACUUUACAGAUCCAGCCAGGCAUGUCCCAGCCUAUGUUUCAGUUUUCAGCCCAAUUGGGAGCCAUGCAGCACCUAAAGGACCAGCUGGAGCAAAGAACACGAAUGAUAGAGGCAAAUAUUCAUCGGCAGCAAGAAGAGUUGCGUAAGAUUCAAGAACAGCUUCAAAUGGUCCAUGGUCAAGGGCUUCAGAUGUUUUUGCAGCAAUCAACUCCUGGAUUAAAUUUUGGUUCUGUGCAGCUUACUUCUGGAAACUCUUCUAACAUUCAGCAGCUUACACCAAUAAACAUGCAAGGUCAAGUUGUUCAGGCUAAUCAAAUUCAAGGCGGAAUGAACACUGGGCAUAUUAGUACUCAGCACAUGAUACAGCAACAGCCUUUGCAGAGUACAGCAACACAGCAUACUCAACAAAAUAUACUUAGUGGGCACAAUCAACAGGCUUCUCUUACCAAUCAGUCACAGAAUACACUUUCAGCCCCCUUAUAUAACACUAUGGUGAUUUCCCAGCCAACGACAGGAAAUGUGGUCCAGAUUCCAUCUAGUUUACCACAAAACAAUAACCAGAGUGCUGCAGUAACUACUUUCACCCAGGACAGACAGAUCAGAUUUUCUCAAGGUCAGCAGCUUGUCACAAAACUAGUCACUGCCCCUGUAGCAUGUGGAGCGGUAAUGGUACCAAGCACUAUGUUUAUGGGACAGGUGGUGACUGCCUACCCCACUUUUGCUGCACAACAGCAGCAGCCACAGACAUUAUCAAUAACGCAGCAGCAGCAGAGUCAGCAAGAGCAGCAGCAGCAGCUCAGUACAGUUCAGCAGUCGGCUCAAGCUCAGCUGGCGCAGCACCCGCAGCAGUUCUUACAGACAUCCAGGCUACUUCAUGGAAAUCAAUCAACUCAGCUUAUUCUCUCUGCUGCUUUCCCACUACAACAAAGCACUUUUACUCAAUCACACCACCAGCAGCAUCAAUCUCAGCAGCAGCAGCAACUCUCACGACAUAGAACUGACAACAUGAUUGAUCCUUCCAAAGUUCAGCCACAGUAGCAUGGAGAUUCACUUCUUCUAGAAGCAAACAGCAGGGAGGGGCUGCUCCAUAAACAUUUGCACUGAUGAUGGUAGAGGUAGAAGUCCAAAGGCUUUAUAAAGUACAGUAUUGAGGUCUACUUCUAACUUCUGGGAAUCUGUUUGCAGAAGAAACUACUACAAAACGUUGUGGAGGUACCUUAGGUACAAAGAGCAAAAAGAUAACAGGGACAUGGCCAACUUUGACAGUCUUUUAGUUGUCCCAAUUUCUGUGUUCUAAAGGAUGUGCUGCCACGUAAUAACUUGUCCAGAUCAAGUCUCAAACCCUCAGUGAACUGAAAAGGGCACUAAAAAUGUUGGUAUCUUUAGCAGUCCUGUAAGUUUGUCAAAUGUGACCAUGGACAUGCAGUUGCUCUCAAUAAUGCUACAAAUACAGUCCAAAAGACAUUUAAAUUUUUUUUUCUCAGAUGAUUAUGGGACAAGUAAAUAUUUUCAAAAUGUUGUGUGGAAUCAGAUUCUGUAUUAUACAGAUGUUGUAAAACAAUGUGUAUAUGUCUGGAUAAAAGGAGAGAGAGCAAAAAUAUUUUAUAUGAUGCAUGAAAAUGUAAUCUUGUUAUUUGUAGGGUUGAAUGUUUCCCUAAAUUCUCACACCAUGCUCUGACUAAUAUUUUCCUCUGUUCUACCCUUUUGUUUACAACAUGAUGCAUCAUAAUUUUCACCCUUAAUGUGGGCACAAGUCUCUUGUUUGUGCUUUGUCUGCGAUGUCACAGUUUGUUCAGUGAGGUAUAGUGUGCUGGUUAGUGGAUUUUUUGGGGGUUAAAUUAUUGAUGAAACUGAUUGAACUGAUGGUCACGCAUCAGGGUUCAAGACAUUCAGAUUUCAGAAGUAUUAUCCAUCAUUUCACAAUUAUUCAUUGUUUUUUGAUUGAAAAAUAGGAAUUUGCACUGCUUUAUUGUGGAUGGUUUGGAAUUUUACUCCCCAAAGCUAUCUUUUGAUAUAGAUCAUAGUUGGAAAUAUUUAUGUAAAGGGUUUUAAAAAAACUACAUGAAAGUAAUUUUUAAAAAUGUGUCAGUUAUAGGAGUAAUUUGCACAACAAUAUAUUUACACUUAAUAACAUUUUAGGCACUUUUUAACCACCUUCUCUGUGGUGAGAAUUGUAACUUGUUAAAAUAUGUUGGAAUCUUUUUAUUCUCCUUUAAAAAUUAGAUCUUUCUUCAGUCAGAACUGAUUCAGGGUCAUUUUAAAACAAAAAAACAAGAAACCCAUAGUGCCUUGAUUUUAAUUCAGGUGAUAACGUUGAACAUCUUGAAUUAUGUUGUCUUGAAUCUGUUACAAUUUUACAAUUUUGAAGUCUUAGUAUAAUCUCAACAAAACGUGUUUCUACUUCAUAGCUAUAUCUUGUUUGUGUUCAUAUAUACAAGUAUUUUAACAAUCGUCUGAGUUGAGAUCAUGAGCAUUUUUUAAAGGAGGGCCUCUCCCCUCAGACACUAAAAUGGAAACAGAUAUCUAAUGAUUUACCUGUAAAGUGUUCAGCGAGUAAGGAGUAGCACUAUUUAGAGGCUCCAAAACAGAGAUUAGUCAUUUGUGGGGGGGAAUGAAUCUGACACUUUUUAAUCAGAUCUGAUCCGAUCCAAUUUUACUUUAUUGAUUGGAAUUUAAUGGAAAAAUAAAGAGGUGAUUAGGACUGCAUGUUUAACACACUGAGUAUUGACUUAAAAGGGAUACCACUAAACUAAGACUUCAGAAGGCAACCUCACUUUAUAAAGAUAAUAAAAAGUUCCAACAGAAAUGAUUUCCUAUUUUUAAAUGUUCAGUAGAUUUCUAUGGUACUACUUCAUACAAAUCACAUCUGCAAAGCAAAAUGAGCUAAUACUAAGAUAGACUUGGUAGUUAAAAGAGAAAAUUAAUUAAAAUUAACACUGAGGAGGGAAAGUUUUUAGUCAAGAAGCUGAAUUAAGUCAGAGUAUUAGGGAGGAGCUGUAUGAAUGUAACCAAAUUGUGGUGGAAUAUUAAAUAUUAGGAACAGUUUGAUUGUAUUAUUGGGUGACCAGAGCUGACUGAAAGGUAGUGCUAAGUUAGUGAACACUAGAUGCAGUUACCUUUUGAAGCUUGUUCUUAAAAUUAACCUUGGCCUUUCCACUGUCAUCUCCUCAUCAGAUUAGCCCCUCACCCCCAAACAAUAAAGCAACAGGUCAACAGUGGAUCCUGGGAGAAUCACAGUGGAAAAGGGAGGAGGGCGUAAGAAGUAAAGAACCAAAGAGACCUGGAUUGGUUUCUGCUCCAGGAAGUCUCUUGCAACAAGGAGUAGGAAUAGAUACAAAUAUUAAACAUAUCCAGGAAACUUUCUCUCUCUAUGCUCUUUAAAGGGAUUUCAGUCAUUCCCUGAACCAGUAUAAUUGUUAGAAACAUAUAUUUUUUUAAGCUUUAGAAAAGCAAAACUGCAUUGACUUUUAUUUAUUUUUUUCAAAUUGCCUUGCUAAUCCUGCCAUAGCAUUCCGCCUGUAUCCAAAAUUUAAGCUGCAUUGACCAGAGGUCCAUUCCAUAAAGACUUUUAGUGGGAUAUAGACUUGUUAGAUAAGGGUUUUAACCUAAUUACAAUAAUAAAAUAGCACUAAAGAAGGAAAUUGGGAGAGCUUUAAUAUUACUCUUAGAAAUGUAGUGUGGUGGUAAAACCCAACCGAUAAGAUGUAGCAUUUGCAGCUACAGAAAAUGCAGAGCAUAACCAGCAGACAGCUGAGAGAGUUUUAUAUAUAAGCUUCAUUCAGACCCCCUCUCUCAACCAAAAAAAAUACUGUGGUGUGCUGUUGUAGGUCAGACAAUAAAAAGGCAGCCUAACUUAGGUGUGAGAGGUUUUAUAUUAACAUAGCUCUUGGCAGAGGACUAAGAGGAAAAAUUCUGUUCUUUGAUCAAGAAGCCUUCCAUAAGCUCAGAGGGGAAAGUCAUCCAAAAAUGAAGCUACUCUUUACCUGCUAGCUGAUAAAGAGAAGAGGGGGAAUUCUAAGAGACUGAAAAAUUAUUACAUACAUUUGAAAAGCUUCUGCCACAAUUCAGGCAAAUGUUUAAAAAAAAAAAAAAACAGAAAAAGCACACAGUAUUUCACUGACUCUAAUUGGCGUGGAUGUUCUGCUUCUCUUUCACGGACUAUUAAAGGAUUUGUGUUCAAACAAGGCACUCACUUCUGGUCCUAUUAAAGUCAAUUGCAAAACUCCAUUGACUUCAGUGGGAAGAAAAUUGGGCCCCAGUCUUUCUCUCUUCUAAUCAGCCUGCUGCUUCUGCCCAGCUUACUCACAGGUGUGGCAAACCUGUUGUUUGUGACAUCCCAAGAGAUAUCAUAGCAUUUGCUGCUGUGAUGUGUAAUGUUACAGAAUGACUCUGACAGGAGUGAGGAAGUUGGCUAAGAAGGAGAAAAUGUUGUAUUGUGGAUAAAUGCCUUGGUGACGUACAGUUAAGUAAAGUAUCAUGCUGUAUUUUCUUAAUAGAGUUUUGAUGAGAAAAUUAGUAAGUUUGCCUGGGUUGAGUGAGAACUCAAAGAAAAGCCUCAGAAUUUCAGAGGGAAAAGAAAUAUAGCUAUUUUUAUAUUAUAUUUAAUAUAUGUUAUAUUUGUAUAUAAAUAUGAAAAGAUUAUAGUAAGAACUCUCCAUAUGCCUUCCAUUUUAUCUAGACGUUUACCUCCUGGUGCGCUGGCUCCAGGGUAUCACCAUCUUUGUAGGCAUUAUGCCUGCUGCCAACCAACAUCUAAGUUAAUAUUCCAAUAUCUUUACAACAGAUAGGCCCCAGUUCAGCAGUAUGCCUAACUUGAAGCAUGUAAGUUAGUCCAAUUUAAGUGAAUGCUGAUGUACUGUGCUCAGUAGGGUCCUUAGUUCUCCUCAGUGCCCAUGCUGGUAAUUUUUCAUGGGAAAAGGAGAAACGCUCGCAAGACUCAAGUAGUGCAGUUUAAAAAAGGGGUUUGGAAUAAUGAUAAGCACUUUACUGAAAAAAAACCAUUUUGAAAACAGUUAAUUAUUUUAGGCAAUGGAACGGUUCAAAAGUGGUCCAAAGGAAUCAAAAUAUAGAAAACUGUCAAAAAGAGGCAUUUCUGGAAAGUGUUUCUAAAUGUGGUGAUCCUUUGAGGCUCUAAGUGUGAGAUUAAAAAGGCAUCUAAAAUUGGUUGAUUUUGUUUUAAUAUGGCUUUGGGAAAGGCUAAAUCUACAUAAAUACUAUCUUCUUUUAGAAAUUUCUUUUAAAGUUGCACAAUUGCCUGUGAGAAAGAAAUGAUCAGGAGGCUUAUUAGCCUGUUCAGUAAUUCUAAAUGGCCCUUGGGAUUAUAAUUUGCAUUAAAAUAUGUGUAGAGGGUUUACAGAUGUGGCCUUUAGUAGACUGUUGCAGUCCCCAAUUCUAGAAUAACUAGCAUUCUUAGCGAUAAAACCAGAUGUAGUUAUGAGUGCGUUUUAAAUGACAUGGCAUCAUGCAGCGUCAGCGCAUGCAUGUUAGAUUCGUAAGUACAGUAUCUCCUUUUGAAAUCAUUCUUGAAACAAGAUACACAUUGAGAAGGGCUGGGGAAAUUAUUAUUUUUGGCUAAAAGGGAGAAAAAGAUUAACGUAGUGGUGAAUCUUUUUUUUACUCAUCCCCAGUGGAAAAAGUUAAAAACUAUUUGAUACUAAUUGGGAUAAAGAAUUUUGUAUUCAGUAUAUUUGAAGUUGAACGUUGAAUGGCUCAUAGUAAAUGAGAUAAACUUUGAGAGAGAUAUUUAAAUUAAAUCUGGUUGUCCAUUAGACCUUUUUUUAAUAUCCUGAUUUUAACACUACAUUCCUUGUUUUUUUUCUUUAAUAAACAAGUAAUUUACAGGCUUUGUUUGCUUCAUGCUUUGUCAUCUGCAUGGGUUUUGCCAGCAUGGUAUGCUAAAUUGUACCUAUAAAUAAAAAGGAAAAACAAAACACUGUGUAUGAACCAAAUACUGUAUUGCCUGAUAUGGAGAUCCCAGCCAAGACUGAGAGGUGCUGCACUAAUAGACAAUCAAAAUGGGUGACUAUUUAUGAAAGACUUUUGGGAAUGAUCUUAAAGUAGUAACUGCUUUGAUAGCAGCUGAGUUUUUUAAAUGAGGUAAAACUAUUUAUUUUAAAAUAUAUCAAGUGGACUGAAUUUUGAGUUUUUAAGCAGUGUUGAUUUCACAGUGUCUUGGGUUUUGGUUUGGUUUUGUACUUUCUAACUGGCAUUAGAUUUGUAUAUGUAGAAAACUAGUGCCACUCAUAUUGACGUCAGGAAAUGUAGAUACAGUUCCCUGGUGUUCAUGUGACCAUUACUAACUGUCAAUUUUUUAAUUGAAUAAAUGUAACUCAUUUGAAAUUCUA